UGCUGUCAACUCACCUCAGCGAGCGGAAAACGUUUGAGCAGAAUUGAUUUCCGCUUCUGGGGAYAUUUCUGUCUAACAUUACAUCCCUGUCCUAAAGCCAGGAUGGUGUUCAGAGYGACCGUCGGCAGCUCCCGGAGGACUACGAGGACGCGGUGGUUCCUCCUCCCAGUGAGCCUGUGUGUGUUCGUCGGUGUUUGCCGAGCAUCCUCCCCCCAGGAGGAGGAGGACAGUGCCAUGGAGAACAUCGUUACGGAGAAAAAGGCUGAGGAGAGCCACAGACARGACAGCGCUGACCUGCUCAUCUUCAUCAUGCUCCUCACCCUCACCAUUUUAACCAUCUGGUUGUUCAAACACCGGCGGUUCAGAUUUCUGCACGAGACCGGGCUGGCCAUGAUCUACGGCUUAAUCGUCGGUGUAAUCUUACGGUACGGCGUUCACGUUCCGCGAGAUGUGAGCACAGCAUCCAUGGCCUGCGUUGUCAACGCCAGCCCCGCCACCCUCCUGGUCAACGUCAGCGGCAAGUUCUACGAGUACACUCUGAAAGGGGAGAUCAGCGCCAACGAGGUGAACGACGUGCAGGAUAACGAGAUGCUGCGUAAGGUGACCUUUGACCCUGAAGUGUUCUUCAAUAUUCUACUACCACCCAUCAUCUUUCAUGCUGGCUACAGCUUAAAAAGGAGACAUUUUUUCCGGAAUAUGGGUUCCAUCCUGGCUUACGCCUUUUUGGGGACUGUCAUUUCCUGUUUCGUGAUUGGGUUGCUGAUGUACGGCUGCGUGACGCUGAUGAAGCGUCUCAGUCAGCUGGGCGGAGACUUCUUCUUCACUGACUGUUUGUUCUACGGCGCCAUCGUUUCAGCCACAGACCCUGUGACAGUUCUGGCUAUUUUCCACGAGCUGCAGGUUGAUGCAGACCUGUACGCCUUGCUGUUUGGAGAGAGCGUGCUCAACGACGCUGUGGCUGUGGUUCUGUCUUCGUCGAUCGUGGCGUACCAACCUCAAGGAGACAACAGCCACACCUUUGAGGCCACGGCGCUGCUGAAGUCCUUCGGGAUGUUCCUCGGAGUUUUCAGUGGCUCCUUUUCUCUGGGCGUGGCCACUGGAGUUGUAACAGCUCUCGUGACAAAGUUCACGAAGCUGAGGGAUUUCCAGCUGCUGGAGACGGCUCUGUUCUUCCUCAUGUCAUGGAGCACGUUUCUGCUGGCUGAGGCUUGUGGCUUCACAGGUGUGGUGGCAGUGUUGUUCUGUGGAAUCACUCAGGCCCACUACACUUACAACAACUUGUCCCCCGAAUCUCAGGACCGAACAAAGCAGCUGUUUGAGCUCCUAAAUUUCCUGGCAGAGAACUUUAUUUUUUCCUACAUGGGUCUGACCCUGUUCACCUUCCAGAACCACGUCUUUAAUCCGAUGUUCAUCGUCGGAUCUUUUCUGGCUGUUUUUCUUGGCCGAGCUGCUAACAUCUACCCUCUUUCRCUUCUUCUCAAUCUGGGCCGACGUUACAAGAUCAGGUCCAACUUUCAGCACAUGAUGAUGUUUGCAGGCCUGCGAGGGGCGAUGACCUUUGCCCUGUCCAUYAGGGACACGGCCACGUAUGCCCGGCAGAUGAUGUUUUCCACCAACCUCCUCGUGGUCUUCUUCACCGUUUGGGUUUGUGGCGGGGGCACCACUCAGAUGCUGUCCUGCCAGCGAAUACGAGUUGGAGUAGACACCGAUCAAGAUAACUCGAUGAGUGUCACUGAUGGAUCAGAGAGAAGAAGCACCAAACAAGAAAGUGCCUGGCUUUUCAGAAUCUGGUACACCUUUGACCACAACUACCUGAAGCCCAUCCUGACCCACAGCGGCCCCCCUCUCACAACCACACUGCCUCCGUGCUGCGGCCCCCUCGCCCGCUUCCUGACCAGCCCUCAGGCCUUUGAGAACGAGUGCCAGCUGAAGGACGAUGACUCCGACCUCAUCCUGACAGACGGCGACAUCAACCUGACCUACGGCGACAUCACCGUCAGCACGGACGCCACGGGGGCCCACACCAGCAGCGGCGGGGGCUUCGGCGGCGGCGCCAUCGCCGACGACCUGGACCGAGAGCUGGCCUGCGGGGAUCACGAGCUGGUGAUGAGGGGGACGCGCCUGGUCCUGCCCAUGGACGACUCCGACCCGCCGUUCACAGACUCCCAUCACCAUUUGAGGAUGUGACGAAACAAAUCACCUUAUUUAACGACCCCAGCCGCUGAGCAAAAGACCAGUACCCGACUCUCAUUCAUUCCAUUUUUUAUUUAUUUUUUGCACUCCAGUCUGUUUUUCCUGCCACAUUUGUCCAGUGUUUCCCCCACACAAACAGCUGUCUCUACCUCAUCUCUUUCUGCUCACUUCCCCACUCCUGUCUGGCAUCGACCAUCAGCUGUAUUAAUCAUAUUUAUUUUCAGGGUUUUCGGCAUUCAGAUGCUAUUUUUUACAUAGUUUAUCUCUUAUUGUAGCAUUUUGCAGAGUUCUAGCAGCAUGUAUUAGUGUGUGAAUGCAAGCACCAACCUCUAGUUAAAUUGUCAACGUACAGUAUAUGCAUGCUGAAGUUAAGAGCUUUUUUUUGUGUUUGUUUUGUUUUUGGGUCUGACUUUGAAUGUUGCUGCCUUUCCUCUGAGCAUCAGAGGUGAGCUGACCCAGUGGAAAACUCUGCUGUACGUUAGGUUAGGUUUCUACCAAGUGCCUAAGAGUUGUAGGUUUUUGAGCACGGUGAGCCCUAAAGCUGGAUUAUCAUUAAGAAGCAGAGCGGCCCUUUUGUUUUUCUUUGUAAAAAAAAAAAAGGUAAGACAAACAACAGUGUCCUGUGUGUGUGUGCGCAGGCUGUCAGUUUGUGCUGCUCUGUGUGUAAACAGUGUUUAACAGUCUGCCCGUGAAAGUCCUGACCUUAGACUGUGACCCAGAGGAAGGCUUUACACCUUAUUUUAGACGCCGACGCCGCUCACAGCACAGGAGAUAAAGUGAGAACGAUUUGUGCCAUUUCCAUCCUGCGUCCUGCCAUUUCACAAGAACUGACUUUGAAGUGUUUUCUACGCAUUUUUGAAUCACAUUUUUCAUACCCGUUCAGCUUUUCUCCACACAUUUUUUAUAAAAGGUAUAAUAAACAAAUCACAUUAUCCUCAUUCCAAUAAUUAAAAAACUAAAAUAAUUGCAUUUGACACUAAAAUAACUUACUUUUUUAUCAUUAGCAAACAAAAACAGGAUGUUUUUUAGUGUUGUCUUCGCAAAUCAGAAAGAUAAAAGUCAUAAGCAAAAUGGAAAAACAAUUUUUAUUUCAAUACUCGUUAAUCUAUCAACUAUUUUUUGAUUAUUAUUAAUUUGUUCUGCUAGUAAAAAUCUCAUAAUAAACAACGCCCAUCAGAUGUUUCAACUUGCAUUGAUUUUUAAUCCUAAUUUAAUUUGCGUUGACUUGAUAAUUAUUCUGUUGCAACCUCAGAUAAUAAUAAUAAUUUAAAGUGUUAGAUCCUGGUCUUGUUCUGAGCAGAUAUUUGCACUGGUACUGUGGCAGAUUAUUGUGAAAACWAACAGUGAAAAUGCUGGAAUUCUCUUAUGUUUUUCACACCAGGAGUCCCAAGAACGAGCAUUUMGAGUUUACAAGCAUAAAGUUAAUAAACAGAUAAUAAUAUUCUAUGGGUACGUAGAUUUAGGUGUUACAUUUAAAGUACGGUUCAGCAGAUUGGAAGGUUUUCUGAGCUGAACUUUGCAGCUGUUGAUCUCAACAGGAAGCGUCGAUAAGUUGCCACCAGGGCAACGCCGUGUUUAUUCAGACAGGAGCCAGAAAACGUUUGGUGAUUUGGCUGAACACAACAGAUGUUUUUKUGUGUUUUGGCCACUUUUCGAGCCAAAGACAAGAAGCGAGUGCAUGCAGAACAAGAGGACUGAACGCAUGAAUAGACAGGAAAAAGGAGGAGGUGUGUGUUUGUGUGAGAAUAUGGAUGAUAGAGGUGGAAGGAAGAGCAGGCUUGUAAAUAUUGCUUCUCCUUCCAAGGUUAUCUUCUGCUGUGCAGGAACUUCAAAUUUAAUCCCUUUUUUCUUUCUUUUUUUUAAAAUCGGGCAUACCUGGUGACGCCAUGUUACUUGUUAU